AUGGAGUGCCACUCCCUCAUCACACUCCCCUCCGAACAUACACCGAAGCGCAUCCAGCGACCCGGGAAAGAACAUGAAGCUCGUAAGUUGGCUCUCCGAGUCGCAGAAGAACACGAGAUUGGUUGUUUGGGCUCUGCCGUAGUUCUCGCUCUCGUGGCCGUGACCGUGGCCGAGCAAGUGCCCCUCACCACCCCCCCUGUGGCCAUCCUGAGGAGCGCACAGGUCAACCCCGACGCGUUCGGCGCCCACAGCUCCGACUUCGAGGCCGAGAACGGCAUCGUGUUCCAGUUCUCGGGCUCCGAGGGUGCCGCUGGCGGAGCCAACAUGGUCGGAUCUUGGAGCUACCCCCUGGAGGACGGCUCUCUGGCCGAAGUGAAGUUCGUGGCCGACGAGAACGGCUUCCAGCCCGAGUCGUCGCUCCUGCCUGUGGCCCCCGCCUUCCCCCACCCCAUCCCCCAGUUCGUCCUCGAUCAGAUCGAGUUCGCCCGCCUCGAGGAUGAGCGCAAGGCUCUCGAGGCCCAACAGGCAGAGACGACUGAGGCCUAG